GCUUGAAUAUCGGUGUAAGAAUGAACACAGUAGCUCUCCUCUUGGUUCUCCUUUGCAUCGUCAGCUUGGUCCAGUCUUGGACUUGGCCGUGGCAAAAGAAGAAGCCAAAGUUUCCAAUUCCAAGCCCCAAUCCUCGUGAUAAGUGGUGUCGUCUUAACUUGGGGCCCGGCUGGGGAGGAAGAUGCUAAGAUAUGAGUAAUUGAGCCUAAUAUAAAAUAAACCCAAAACAA